AUCGCCUGGCCCUUUCGCGUCGGACUUCCUCUCGCUACUCUGUCGAUAUUUUCUCCGUGCUCUCGAUCCGCCUCAGCCGGUGCCACCAAAUUACCUGCGCAACCCUUCCAACUCCUCUCCACUCGCUUAAGUCAGCCGCUCUCGCAAAUUCACCGGCGACUCGGAUUAGAGACGAAGACGGAACGAAAGUGAAAAAAGAAAGGAAAAUCAGAAGACGACAAUACGACUCGCCUGGCCAUCGCCUGACCCGACGACUCUUUUCCGGAACUUCUCUUUCGCUCCCCAUCGCUCGCCUCGCAUCUCGCACCAGCACCUGACCCACGGUUGUUUGAACAAGCGCCGUUUCUGAAACCACCAGAAAUAUCGACACCUACUCUCGCUUCUAUUGCUUCUGGUUUGGCGCUGGCCGUCAAGAUUCUCCCCAGCGACUCCUUCUUCUUCGCCGCCGUUACGGGCUUUACGUACAUACUUUGAACUACUCCUUCUCUCACCUCUGCACCUUAAUCCCCCUCUCUAAGACGUCACAAUGGCUCAAGCGCAAGCGCCCAUCACCACCAUCGUGCCCUUUGGCAACCGCGCCCUGCUUCCAGCUUGUGCGGCGGCUUGUGGCCAUCUCUACGAUGCCAAUGGCGCCUGUGUUCCUCCCGCCAUUCCCACCAACAGUCCCGCCGUCUACACGUCAUGCUUCUGCUUCGACCCUCGCCUUGCGCCCUUUUCCACCACGACUGCCGGCGUUUGCGACAAUGCCUGUACCGCCGAGCCCAACGGCCUUGCUUCCAUUACCAACUGGUAUCACAGCGUCUGCAACAUUAAGAACGUAGUUGCGCCGUCGAGUACUUCUACCGUCUCCUCCACGUCUAGCGGCGCUCCUUCAGGCUCCAACAGCCCUCAGCGGACGAACCCGCCCAACGGCUCUUGGAUCUCCACCCACUACCAAUGGGUCAUCAUGCUCGUCAUUCUCAUCGUCGGCAUCACGGGCAUCUGGGUCGGCGCCUGCAUCUGGCGUCGUCGCUACGUCCGCAGACGGGAACUUCGUCGACAGGCCGGCGGCAACACCGACUCCUGGGGCUCCGGCGUCCCGCCCUCCGAAAACGCUGGCGGCAUUCCCAUGACCUACCAGGACAAGGCCAACGCAACGCCCGACCUGCCCAACUUUACGUCAACCUCGGAGAAGCGCAACACGACGACCAAGCUGUGGCCCUUUUCCCGGUCAUGAGAGAAACAAAGAUAAUGCCCCCCAAGGAAAUACGAAGAAAAGAGAAGGAAGAAAAAGAGCGAUUGGAAAUAUACUAAGAGCCUAAUUAAGACGAGCACUACGACCUUUUUUUCAUCUUCACACCUUUAAAAGAUGCCGCCCUCUCUUUUCCAGAAACCAUGUUGAUCGAAACGACCACUCUCCAUCCUCGCUACCACGCAUCCUCAUCAACAGGCGCUCCUUGUCGACAUCUUUUUUUUUCCAUUAUACAAUUUUUUUUUAUAUCACUAUUAAGUCCCUUCUUUUGGAUUCUGGCGUUGGCUCUGUUUUUUUUUAUGCUGGGAUAUUUCUUGUUACUUUUUUAAACAAGAAUGGAGGGAGGGGAGAGAAUUAGAGAUUUUGGGCAAACGCGAAAGUAGCAUCAUUUUUUCCGACAUCGAAUUUCUUUUGGGAAAGGGAAGCAUGGGUGUGUGGACGAGGCAACAGGAGACAUGUCAUAUCAUUUGUCACGGUGGCUCUACCAUAUUUUUUUUUCUUUAGAGCAAAAAGGGGGUGGUGCAUUCCUUGGGGCUCGAGAGAAACAAUAAAACACCUUCUUUUUUUUCUUCUUC